AUGAACAAAGAAGACCCCAAUCUCGUGGGCGAGAAGGACGCCAACGGCGAAGGUCGCAAUGGCUCGUUCUCGGCUCAUGCCCGGGGUCGCCAGUUCAGCGUCGACCCAGAGGACCAGGCCAUGGUCGCAACCGAUGUGAACAAACUGCACCGCAACCUCAAAGGCAGACAUAUGCAGAUGAUUGCCAUUGGUGGUGCCAUUGGUGCCGGUCUGUUUGUUGGUUCUGGGGGUGCUUUCCAGACGGGUGGCCCUGCCUCUGUCCUUCUGGGUUUCAUGAUUGUCGGUGACUAUCUCAUGAUGCAAGCACUCGCCGAAAUGAGCGUCAUGUAUCCGAUCAACGGUGCCUUCACCAUGUACAUCUGUCGCUUCGUCGAUCCGUCUCUUGGAUUUGCCUGUGGAUGGGAAUAUGCCAUCUCUUGGCUCACGGUGCUUCCCUUCGAAAUUUCGGCCGCUUGCAACAUUAUCCACUACUGGCAUGGCUCGGACGGUAUCAACAACAGCGCUUGGAUCGUUCCGCUUCUGGUCGCCCUUGUUGCGAUUCAAUUUUUCGGCGUGAGAGGAUAUGGAGAGGUCGAGUUCGUCCUCAGUAUCAUCAAGGUUCUCGCUUGCACAGGCUUCAUCAUUCUCGGCAUCAUCAUCGACUGUGGUGGUGUGCCUACAGAUGACCGAGGCUAUAUUGGAGCCAGAUACUGGCAUUCGCCCUAUUCUGCGUUCCUCAAUGGCUUCCACGGCUUCUGCAGCGUCUUCGUUACUGCUGCUUUCGCCUACACUGGCACUGAGCUGACUGGAUUGGCUGCCGCUGAAGCCGCAGACCCGAAGAGAGAAAUCCCAAGAGCCUCCAAGCAGGUGGUGUGGCGUAUCGCCAUCUUCUACAUUGUCAACCUUUUCCUGGUUGGUUUGAUCGUACCUGCAAACAGCCCACUGUACUCUGGAGAAGGCUCCGAGUCCCGUCACUCACCUUUCGUCAUUGCCAUCCAACUCGCUGGCAUCAAGGUCCUCCCGUCGAUCUUCAACGCCGUCAUCUUGAUGGCGGUCAUGAGUGUCGCGAACUCGUGUACCUUUGGUUCGACCCGUACUGUCCAGGCCCUUGCUGCAAAUGGCAUGGCUCCCAAGAUCCUAGCUUAUGUUGACAAGAAAGGCCGCCCGGUGCCCGUGGUCAUUGUUCAGCUCCUCUUUGGAUGCCUUGCCUUUAUCAACUUGGCCAAAGACGGUGGCACUAUUUUCACCUGGCUUCUGUCUCUGUCUGGUCUCGCGAUCCUCUUCGUCUACGGCAGCAUCGCUCUGGCGCACAUUCGCUUCCGCGCCGCCUGGAAGGCCAACGGUCACAGUGUGGACGAGCUCCCCUUCCGCGCCGCAUUCGGUAUCUAUGGCUCAUACCUCUGUCUCCUCAUCAACAUCAUCGCUCUGAUAGCCCAGUUUUACACCGCAUUGUACCCGGUCGGCGGACCCAACUUGGACUCCGAGACUUUUUUCCAACUCUACCUCGCCGGACCCCUUCUCAUUUUCCUCUAUCUGUGCUGGAAAGUCUACAGCUGGUACUAUGUCCCCUCGGACCGCCCCCUGUUUAUCCGAACAAAGGAUAUUGACAUUUACACGGGCAUGAGAGAGUCUCAGCUCGCCAUCAGUGGCCGCGAUGUUCCAGAGGAUCAGAGACGCGCCAGCGUCAUGUCCAUGAUUGAGGAAAACAAGAAGAAGGGGAUCAAGGGUUACCUCAUGGCCGGCAUCAGAAACAUCAUCUAA